AUCAGGGAGGAGAUUGUGAGAAAUUUUACUAUUGUGCACAUUUGAAAGCUUGGCAUAUAAUAAUCCAGGGAAGGCGCUGUCCCGGCAGCGCCUCCAUCACGUGCAGGGCCUUCCCCUGUAUCUGCGUUCCGUCGCCGUCGAUCUUCCCAGCCAACGGACACUUGCUCACUCAGCAUCCUUCUACUCUCCUUUUCCUUUUCCCCGCCAUCCGUAAACAGUGGGAGGGAAGAAGGCAGCACCGUUGCGGACGGCUCCCUUCUUCGUCCUCUCCUCAACCAUCAGAUCGGCAUUGUCUCCGACGCCUUUAUCUGCCGGAUACCUAGGGUUUGUCGGUUUUAGUAUUUGCCGCAUUUAAAUGGCGUCGCUAAUGGACAGGUAGAGAACUGAGCGGGGGAAAUGGAGGCGAGCCGCUGGGGGGCGUUUUAUGCGCCUUACGUCGGUCUGAGGCUGAAACCGUUCGGACCGCCGACGGCGUGUUCGUUUGGCCGACGGUUCGUCUGCGUCUCCCUCGACUCGAACCGCUCCGGCUUGGCCGACACCAGCCGGAAUAGGAAGGUGAAGCCCGGGAGCGGGGAGGGGGCGGAGGAAGCCGUCGAUCGGGGGCUCGAGCGCGGCCCGUGGGAGGGGCCGGCGAAGAAGCGGCCGCGGGAGGCUCGCGUUCGCGCUCUGCAAUCUCGGCCCUUCACCGCUGCGAGACCUAGGGAUGCCUCCGUGCAAGAUCAGUUCUUUCCUCGCUGUAGUCCAAAAAACUUUCCUCCACAAUCUCGUGAUACUCCACCCAAGAGGGAUACUGGCAUUGCUAGUGAAAAAGACUGGGGGAUCAAUUUGCUAAACGAAAAUGUAAAUGAGUCUGGCACAAAUAAAGAUGGCAGUACAUGGUACCGUGAAAGUGGGGAGGAUCUUGGUGAAAAUGGAUAUAGGUGUCGUUGGGCCAUCAUGGGUGGUCGCAGCCAGGAUGGUUCUUCAGAAUGGAGAGAAACGUGGUGGGAGAAAGCUGACUGGACUGGGUACAAAGAACUAGGAGUGGAGAAAUCUGGAAAGAAUGCAGAAGGUGAUUCAUGGUGGGAAACUUGGAAAGAAGUUCUUUAUCAAGAUGAGUGGAGUAACCUGGCACGGAUAGAGAGAAGUGCUCAGAAACAAGCAAAAUCAGGAAACGGCGAUGCUGGUUGGUAUGAGAAAUGGUGGGAGAAGUACGAUGCAAAAGGUUGGACUGAGAAAGGUGCUCACAAGUAUGGUAGAUUGAAUGAUCAGUCAUGGUGGGAAAAAUGGGGAGAGCAGUAUGACGGGACAGGAUCUGUAUUAAAAUGGACCGAUAAAUGGGCAGAGACUGAACUUGGCACCAAAUGGGGAGACAAGUGGGAAGAUAAAUUUUUUGCUGGCAUUGGUGCAAGGCAAGGAGAGACAUGGCAUGUGUCACCUAGUGGUGAUCGAUGGUCGAGGACGUGGGGAGAAGAACACUUUGGAACUGGUGGGAACAGAAUAUGCAAUGCUACCAAGUUACUAACUCAUUCUUGUUCAAAUUGUCAACGUUACAAAUACUAUUUACUGUUGCUGCAUUGUCCAUUUUCUCCCAGGAAAGUGCAUAAAUAUGGUCGGAGUACGACUGGGGAAAGUUGGGACAUUGUGGUGGAGGAGGAAACCUAUUAUGAGGCUGAACCACAUUACGGAUGGGCUGACGCAGUGGGGAACUCAACACAGCUGUUGUCUAUCCAGCCUCAGGAAAGGCCUCCCGGUGUCUAUCCACUCAUUGAUUUCGGAUCAUCCACCGCAGCAACUGAGCCACCAAAACAGCCACCUGGAUCACCGCCAGCUUCAGACGAAGAUUAGUAGUAUAUAUUUCUUUUGUUAUUUUUGGAAGAUAAUACUGAAGGAGUUUUUCAAUUGUAGGACACUUUCAUUUCAUUUAAUUGCUCUUAAUUCAUUCA